CGCCGCGGGUCCCACUCGCAGAAUUUUGAAUUUGUUUCUGUUGACGCAAACCCUAGAGUGGUUUCCUUCCAAGGGUUCGAUUUCCGGAAACUUCAUAUGAGGAGAAUUUUGUGUUUCCAAUGGAGUUUUCCAGGGAUCGCAGACGAGUGGGCGGGGCUUCUUUGACCAGCGGACUUCGUGACGAAGAUUGAGAGAGUAAAUUUUGGAUUUCGACUUCCAAAUGAUGCUUUUUGCAGAGGCGAUGAGUUCUGCAAGCACCCGGAGCUCAUUGGAGAUGAUGCUGGACACAAUCAGAAGGAAGGAUGAACAACAGAAGGAUUUGCUUCCGGCAUUACCGACCCGGCCGACCUCCAGAGGCCGUCUGCCGUCUUCCAGGAGGUCAUUGCUUGUUAGUGCUGCCCUAAAAAGUAACAGGCAGGAGGUGAAUCUGUGUUCGCCUGAGAGAAGAGUUGAAGUGAAGGAGAAGGGUGAUCGGAACGUUGAGACCUUUGAAUGCGUGGAGAAGUCUCACGCUAUGAAGAUGCUCGGCCUAGAGAGCUAUGGGGAAAGACGGGAUGCAGAAGGCCCUGUGGACCGCAAAUGCACAUCUUCCUCGUUGGCCAUUAACCUGGCUGGCCAAUUUAAGUUCGGUGGAGCAAUUGAUUAUUUCUCAAACAAGAAGCUUGGAGUUUGGUGUUGGCUUCCAGAGGAGAAAUGGGAGUGCGCCAAAAUUCAUUCAGCUUCAGCGAAUAAUGCUCAAGUAUUGAUGCCCAGUGGCAAAAUUUUGAUGUUGCCUUCUGAAAAGAUUUUGAUGUCGCCUUCAGAAAAGAUUAUGCCUGCAAAUUCAGUGGUUCAGGACAAUGUGAAUGAUCUGGCACUGCUAUGUUAUGUAAAUGAACCUUCAAUUCUUCAUUGUCUCAAGUACAGAUAUUCUCAGGAUAUGAUUUAUAGCAAUGCAGAUCCUGUUUUGGUUGCGCUUAAUCCUUUUAAAGACCUGUCAAUACAGGAAAAUAAGUCUGUUGCAGCAUGUCUGCAGAAAGUUGGAGAAAUUCAACAUGUAUUUGCAGUAGUAGAUUGGGCUUUUAAUGAAAUUUUGAGAGGUGGGAAAAUUCAGUCCAUCAUUCUAAGUGGUGAAAGUAAUUCUGGGAAAACCGAAACAGCAAAAAUUGCUAUGCAACAUCUAUUCGCCCUUGGGAGUGGUGGAAUUGAUUUUGAGAUUUUGAUGGCCGAUACGAUACUAGAAUCCUUUGGGAAUGCAAAAACCUUCCAAAAUGACAAUUCCGGUCGAUUUUCAAGAGUUGUCCAAAGAGCUGUUGAGGAAAGAUCAUUCCAUGUUUUCUAUCAGUUAUGUGCUGGAGCUCCUCUUUAUCUUAAAAGGAAGUUGAACCUGAGAACGGCAAAUGAAUAUGAAUUAUUGAAGCAAAGCAGAUGCUUGAAAGUUGACAGCAUUGAUGAUUCCCACAAAUUUCAUUUGUUGAUGGAAGCUUUGGACACAUUUCAUAUCACUGAGGGUGAUAAAAAAAGCUCUAUGCUUGCGGCAGUGCUGUGGUUGGGUAAUAUUGGUUUUACGGCAUUCAAUAGUGAGAACCAGGUGGAAUUUAAUCUUGAUGAAGCUGUAGCUAGUAUGGAAAAUUUAUUGGGUUGUGAAGUUAAUGCAUUAGUUUUAGCAUUAUCAACUCAAACGAGUUAUUCCAGAAAUGAGACUGUAGUUCAGAAGCUAACAUUAUCCAAGGCGGUUGACGCCAGAGAUGCCUUGGCAAAAUCAAUUUAUGCUGCUCUGUUUGAUUGGGUUGCUGUGCAGAUCAAUAAAUCUCUUCAUGCAGGAAAAAUUCAUCGUGGAAGCUCUAUAAGUAUAUUAGAUGCAUGUGGUUUUGAUGUUUCCCAUAAGAAUGGAUUUGAUGAAUUUUGCAGUAGUUAUGCUAGUGAAAAGAUGCAGCAGUACUUUAAUAGCCACCUUCUUAAAUAUGAACAGGAGCUUGCUACGCUAGAAAGUGCUAGAGCAUGUAAACUGCAAGGAAUCUUGUGCAUUCAGAAAUAUUUUCGUGGUGCUCGAGCUCGUUGCAUUUUUAAUGAUGUUAAAAAUGGAGCUACAACUUUGCAGACAUUUAUACGAGCUGUAAGAGCAAGAAAUGAGUUUCACUAUUUAGCAAAGCUGCAUAGAGCUGCUGUUCUUAUACAAAUGCAUUUUAAGCGGUGGGUUGCUCAGAAAGCAUAUUCUAAACAACAGAAGCUUAUAAUGCUUCUGCAGUCAGUCAUACGGGGCUGGUUGGCAAGAAAGCAUUUCAAUAUUGGCAGAAAUCUGGAAAUGAAAAAGUGCAAUAAUUUAAACCUUCACAGUGAUCAAAGGAAGAAGCUCCAUGAAUUAGAGCAAGAUCAUUCUCCCCUGCAAGAUUCAGAUUGGUCAGAACUUAAGAGGCGGGCUCUGAAGGCAGAAGCAGAGCUCAGACACAAGGAAGAGGAAAAUUGCUGUCUAUAUCAAAAAUUGCAGCAAUAUGAGACGAGAUGGUCAGAUUAUGAUGCAAAAAUGAAGCACUUGGAGGAGAUGUGGCAAAAACAGAUGACUUCCUUGCAGAUAAGUUUGGCUGUUGCGCAGAGGAGCCUUGCUUCAAACGAUGUGGUCAAUCUGGCAGGAAGGCCUGAUGUAUCACCAAAUUACCCAUAUUUUGACUCUGAAGAUGCAAUGUCUGUUGAAACCUUCACAACUGAGGGAACGCCUGUUAAGCAACGUGCCUCCGGUUUGAGACCAAAUAGAACUCCUGAAGCCCUAAGGAACACAAUUAGCCACUUAGUCAAAGAGUUUGAGGAGCGGAGACAGAUAUUUGAGGAUGAUGCAGGUUUCCUUGUUGAAGUGAAGGCAGGAUUGUCUGUCUCCAACUUAAAUCCUCAUGAAGAGCUCAGCAAACUAAAGGUUCGGUUCGCUUCUUGGAAGAAAAAUUACAAGGUUCGAUUGAGAGAAGUGAAGGCCGCGCUUCAGAAGAUUAGAAAUUCUGAAACUGGAAAAAAACGAAGGAAAUGGUGGGGCUUUUGGAGCUCAAAAUGAAAUUAUGUAGACUUUUUAAGAUAGUUUGGUGAGGUGGCUUUCAAGAACACAUGGUGGGGAAAAUAUUUGGAAAGCUGAUAGGAAUAUGCAGUGAUAGGUCUCUGUUUUGUUUAUGAUUUUGUUGCUGUGAGUAGUAAUUUUUGAAGAAUCUGUUUGGAUUCCCACUAGUUGAGUUGUUAAGUAUGAGAUAUAGGGAUUUAAGCUGUAGUAUUUCAAUACAUUUAUAGUUUCAAAUGUAAAUCUAAAAAAAUGUUGGGAGAAGCAAUAUUGGUGGUCAUUCCCCCAUUUUAAAUGAAGGGGAAAAAAAGCUUUCUCCUAUAUAUAUUGUUAGAUGUUAUAUUAAGA